AUGUUCCCUGCCGAUGGAAAGCUUACACUGGGCGUGAAGGGCCGGCUCAGCAACCAGGAGAUGGAACAGCUCCGCAGCCAGCUCGCUCAAGCAGCGGCAUACGCUCAUGUGCCAGAGCAUCAACGUGCUGCUCGAGCUGCAAAGGCCCAGUUGGCUUCAAAGCCUAUGACUAAAAUUUACCAUCGAAUAGAUCCAGCCAGAGAUAGCAGUAGCAAUCAAGCACGGCCAUCCCGGAAGACGCUGGCGAGCAUUCAAUACGAGCAGCAGUUUUCAGCAAAGGCGUACGACUCGCUGAAGCCGCGCCCCACUCGUGGCAUCGGCACAGAUGCCAAGACAAUUCUGCAAGAUGAGUACGUAACUAAACCACGGGAGGUGAGCUGCAUCCCUCAAAGCCUCUCAAAGACGAAGCCAAACGAAGACUCUGAAGCUGGCAACCAGAUCUCAAGUGGCAAACGUCGUGGACCUGCAUCCAUUCCUCAGGUGUUUAUCAUGUAA